AUUGUAAAUUGUAAUUGCUGUGCUCAAAAUGGGAACAUGGGAACGAAACGAAAGUCUAAGAAUAAAUUACUAUACAGUUAUGUGCCACUUUCAAGCGUUAUUCAGCUUAGAUCUAACGUAUUUACAGUUUAUCCGACAAAAGUUUAAUGUUCAAAAAUGUUGAACAUAUUAGAUCUAGGUUUCCUAAGUUUAGCUCUCACAGUUGCAUUUACUGGAUUUGUGAUAAAGAAUUACGAGAAACACGUACCGGCGUUUAUAAUAAAAGGGUUCAAAUACGGUUGUUUCGCCUACCAAGGGUCCGGUGCCAAUUAUUUACAAAUUAUCGAAGUGCCUAAAGCUCUCUAUAGACAUUUCUAUGCAUUUUCAUCGGUUUUCAGUGCAGUUACUUUGUUAUACGCUUUAUUGGUGUAUUGUUUUGAAUUGAGUGUUCACAGAUAUGUUGUGAUAUUCUUAAAAUUAUUCUUAGAACAGGAUGAGCCAACAGUGUCUGCAACAGCAGCUAUACUAGCUCUCACACUGUUAACCGUCCAGUGUGUACGAAGAUGCUACGAGACCUACUAUUUGCAAGUGUUUGCUCAGUCCAGCAAAAUGAACCUGAGUCAUUAUGUAGCCGGCCUUGUGCAUUACUUUGCUGUGGUGGUAGCUGCUAUCGGUCAGGCACCUUUGUUUUGUGGCACCCAAAACCGAGAAAAAAUGCUAUGGAGUGACACAAAAACCCUUACCCUAUCAAUACCAGUCACACUCAUUUUCCUCUGGGCAUGGUACGAGCAAUAUAAAAGCAACAUAAUCUUUGCAAACUUGCGCAGAGACAAGAAAUCUGGUAGAGUGAUCACUGAAAAGCAUAGUAUACCCUACGGUAGAUUGUUCAACUAUGUUUCAAGUCCUCACAGGCUAUGUGAGGUUAUUAUGUAUGUGAUGUUGCUGAUUUUAAUACCUACAAGGACCUUCUUUUGUAUAUUCUUAUGGGUGAUUUGUAAUCAGGUACAAACUUCGUUACACGCGCAUGAAUGGUACAAAAACACAUUUAAAGACUAUCCUAAGGAUAGAACUGCAUUUAUACCUAAAAUAUAUUGAAUUUAAUUCAUACUAUGGUGAUAGUGACAAAUAGUUUUAAGAAGUAUCAAGU